GAGCGCAUGCGUAGUAUAAUGCUGUAAGCAAGAUGGCCGCCUCUGUGAGAAACGCGCUGCGAACUGCAAAUAAGAUAAAUGAUGCUCUUCUGCCUCAGUUUGAAAACUUGAAACAGCGAAAGAUAGGUAGAAGUGCUUUUGCAGUUUAUGUCGACUACAAGGCAGUCUUUGUGGAUUUUUUCAAAGGCGCUCGAAGCAAGCCUUUGCGGACAAGUCUUGGCCUAGGUCUUCUUGGUUUUGGGUAUGUCGUGUAUUUAAACAACCCUGACGAUGAUUCCUACAACGAUACACUACUCGACAACGCUAACGAACUUCUACAAGUGGGAGAGCGAAUUAGAAAUCCUUCAUCGGAUGUGUAUACACAGGAAAUGCUACAGCUUUUUUAUCAAGGAAAACUACGAAGGCAAAGUUUUGGGCUUUUUUCGUUGAUGAUGCAAACAGAAUUCGGUAAAGAUUGUGACUUGUACGAGCAACACUGCUAUUACACGAAGACACGCUGGGUGGAUUUGUGGAAAUAUGUAAGGGACUUUGGUAUUUUGGGGCACUGGUACAAACUAGAGACAGCAAUGAUUGACUAUGAUGUAAACCAAGAGGACCUAGAUGGUUUGGUGGAUGAUUUGACCGAACAGAACACUUUAUCUAAGAAGAUAAUGAGAUACGGCAAAUACUGCAUGGACAGUUUUCUGCAAUGGGGGUAUGGUUUAAUAUACAGCCAAGACCCACAACAGUCAGCUUCUUUUUAAAUUGCAAAAUGGAAUAUUCUUUAGGCUGCAGAAUAAAUAUUAAACAGAGAGUUCUAUGAUACCACUCAAAAUGUCUGCAAAUAUUAAAUCAUCCUAUGUCUUGACAGUGCUUAGCUUUUGUCAAAACACAAAUUGGAAUACCAGUCUUGAUGCAUUUGCUUUGAUUACAUGAUAAUAAUUUUAAUCUCAAUUCUUGAAAAAUAUUGUGGUUUUUUAAAUUAUAAAUUCAGUACGGUAGGAUGGUCAUUAUUCUUUAGUAUCAUUUCUUAAAAAGUUAGUUAACAUUGAAAGCAAUUGAUGAUAGUGUAACCAGGGGGUGCACCCCUCCCCUCCUCCGCCAGAGACUGGGUACUUUCCUUUUAACACAUUGACCCCUCAACCGGCCUGUACCGACUUUGAGACGUACUGUACCUACAACCCCAAAAA